AUGAAGAACUCAAUCAUUUUGCUGGGACUGCUCUUUUCUUGUGGACUUCUCGUUGGCGAGGUUUCUUCGAUUGUCUCAGUGGCGAUUCGUUGUGGACCAAAGCAAAUGAUUUGCCCUCCUCAUAAACGCUGCUGUUAUCAAGGUUGGCCAAUAUUUUAUUGCUCGUAUCGAUGUGGAAGUGAAAAGUUCUCGUUUCGAAGGAAU